AUGACUGGAAGAGGAGGAAAGGGCAGUGGGAAAGCUCGCUCCAAAGCGAAGUCUCGGUCGUCUCGGGCUGGCCUGCAGUUCCCGGUGGGCCGUGUUCACAGGCUCAUGAGAAAGGGUAACUAUGCUGAACGCGUGGGUGCCGGAGCGCCGUUCUAUCUGGUUGCGGUGCUGGAGUAUCUGACGGCUGAGAUCCUGGAGCUGGCCGGCAACGCGGCCCGGGACAACAAGAAGACCCGCAUCAUCCCCAGGCACCUGCAGCUGGCCGUGCGCAACGACGAGGAGCUCAACAAGCUGCUGGGAGGGGUGACCAUCGCUCAGGGCGGGGUGCUGCCUAAUAUCCAGGCCGUGCUGCUGCCCAAGAAAACUUCCCAUGGGGGCGCCGCUAAAAAAUGAAGAGACCAUCCUUGAAUCUGACAACCCAAAGGCUCUUUUAAGAGCCACUCACAGCAUCUGUGAAAGGAGCUGAACACCCCCGUCUGUCGGAUUGAAUUACCUUCAUUUAAUUGGUAUCGGUGUCAGUCCCUCCCUUA